GAGUCAAACAGUAGAGAGAGAAAGAAGGCAGCUGAACCAAGAACAGGAAAAGCAGAGGAGAAAAGGAACUGAACAAAAGAACGAAAAAUACAGCAGAACACAAAAGUCUUCUUUACUUCACCUCUACAGAGUGCUUCAGUCUUCAUCAAGGACAUUUUUAUCUUGUAGUGGCUUAGUUGUUGCAGAAUUAGAAAAAGCAAAAUGAUGAGCAACAGAGUAAUCAUCACUGCUAUUGUGGUGCUCCUGGCUUCCCUGACCAUCAGUGAAGGCAUGAGUCUGAGAAGCCUGGGAGUGGACCUACACUGCCGCUGCAUCCAGACAGAGAGCAGACCCAUCGGCCGCCACAUCCAGAAAAUGGAGCUGAUUCCUGCCAACUCUCACUGCGAAGACACUGAGAUCAUUGCCACACUGAAAAAGACAGGUGAACAGGUCUGCCUAGACCCUAAGGCCCCCUGGGUGAAGAAAGUGAUCGAGAAAAUAAUGUCCGGAAAAAGAUGAGCAGAUGGCGAGAGACGUCUUUCAUCGGCUGGUGCUGUUUAUUGACAAAUGAAAAGUAUUAGUCUGAAUGAUGAGGUCAUCACAUUCAUAUUUUUUUUAAUAAUAAGGGACUGAUCAGUUGUUGAAAGUAACAACAGAAUGUGUCCAUUCAGGCUGUGUUUGUAUCAAACAUAAUAUGUAUUAACAAGUGUGAUCUGGUUUGCCACUUAUAUGUUGCUGCCAAUAACUUAUGAUCACACUGUGCCUGCUGCUUGUAAAACUGAGCUAUUGUUUUUUUGUUGUUGUUUGUUUUUAACUUAUAUAUUUGGCAUAUUUAUCGAUAUAUUUAUCAAAUGUACAACUUUCAGGUAAUGUGUUUUCUAAGGCUUCACUCAACCAUUUUACACGAAUAGAAGCCUAAAAGAUUCUUAUACUGCAACUGAAGACAAAUUGUUGCACAUUCUGUUUUUGUUUUUGCACAAAAAAAAUGAAUAAGGUUGUAAUAUUGUAUCAAUAAAAUCCAUUUUCUUUUA